AUGAGAUCCCUGCUCCUUCUGUUGCUGCUUCUGCUGCUCAUGAUGCCCUUUGGAGUCUGCGGGAACUACAAGGCGAAAUGCCCCUUGAAUCUGGUCAGGGAUCAAACGGAUGCUCGCAAUUACUUCCGGCCUGGACACUUUCUCAUCAGUGGGAUCAUCUCUCCAAAAUCCUUUUAUAAGGAAACUCCAUACGUCUUUUCUCAGACACCCUUGGCUAGGGAUGAGGGGUAUGUAAAAUCAUAUGUGGGUGGGUUUCAUGGUCCUCCAGUCCUUGUAAUGGUUCCUAUUUAUCAAGGAAAGAGCGCCUUUCUCAGGGCUGGGGAGCCAAGGCUGUCCUCAUGUUGCAGGUCUACCCUGCCCUGACCAUUGGUCUUGCUGGCUGGGCUGAUGGGAGCUGGGGGGUCCACUAAAAGAUUCCACCCAAACCUCUCCCAUUUCCUUGUUCCCUGGGUCUUCCUUAGUGAAACACUCUCCUACCUAUGGAUGCACUGAAUUUCCCCACCUGCAGGAUGCCAUGAAACUCAAGCAAUUCAACCUUUGAGCUCUGGAAAUUGUCUGAGUUUCAUGGCAUCCUGCAGGUGGGGACCUUCAGUGCAAACUUUGAACCCUGACCAGGUUCAUUGGCAUUCUUGCAUUCUUCUAUUAUAUCCUUAUACUGAUAUAAUAUUAUAAAUGACCAUCAACAAACUGUCGUUAAAGAAUGCUAUAGUUUUAAAAAUGGAUUUUUUAAAUCCUACAGAUUAACAUUUGGUGGAUGGAGAGCAGGAAAUAUGUGCUUUAACUGAAAUGAUAAAUAAAAUAAUAUGAGUCAGGAGACUUCCUUGUUAGUGGAGUCUAAAAUGUGAAAAGGAAUUAUUCCUUUUCUUCACACACACACACACACACACACACACACACAACUGGUCUCAUUUCUAACUAGAGAUCUCCAAAUUUUUAUUCUAUACUAGGCUGUAAAUGGUUUGAUAUUAAUGCAAUAGGAUUAAUCAAUACAUACUAAUCUUUUUGGAUCAUAUAAUGUCCCCACCCCAAUUCAUAUGAAUGCCAGUUUCACUCUUUUUAAAGAAUUCAUUUAUUGCAGGGACGAAACUAGGAUCUGCUGGUACAUGUUGUCUUUCCUGUUCACCAUCCUAGAGAUCAACCAGGAUCUCAGUCUCUUACCCAACAUUACUCUGGGCUACAACCUCUAUGAGAACUAUUUCAAUGCAAGGAUGACUUCGGACGCCAUGCUAGAGCUGCUUGCAGGCAGUGGAUGCAAUAUUCCCAAUUAUCACUGUGGAGAACAGAAUCACCUGCUGGCUGUUCUUGAAAGAAGCAAGACUUUCAUCUCAAGAGUGAUUUCAGCCUUGUCAGGCAUCUACAAAAUCCCUCAGGUAAGCAGUGGGAGAGCAUGGAGGGACAGAGAAUUUCAACUGCGUAAAAUUCUAUUUUCUCUUUGGAGGGUCAAGUGGGGAUAUUUUUCAAAAUGGGAAUAUCCUGAGCUAUGGAUUCAACAUCCCUUAUUCAAAACUGAGCCUUCACCAACUUGACAGCUCCAGAUGUUUCCGACUAAAACUCCCAUCAGCCUCAGCCAGCAGAGAUUUAGAUAGAUAUCAGUCAUUUAAUAUGAUUAAAUACCCGUUAUGCUGAAAGUAAAAUAAACUGGUGAUCUUUUGCUUUCAAUGCUAGAUCAGUUAUGGCUUCACUGCCCAGGUUCUCGAAGGUAAAAGCCUGUUCCCUUUUGUCUACCGGAUGACUCCCAAAGAGGAAAGUCAAUACCAAGGGAUUGUUGAAUUGCUCCUGCAUUUUGGAUGGACGUGGAUUGGCCUCUUCACUCCAGACAAUGACAGUGGAGAAAGAUUUGUGAGCACUAUGAAACCUCUGCUGCUCAGCAAAGGGAUCUGCAUUGCUUUAUCAAAAAAAGUACCAGAAAAUGAUCUAAAUCAAUUUAUCAGGCCUGGGGAACCUUUUUUCCUAUGGAGACAAGUUGGGGUAUUUUUUUACUAUGCAACCAAUGCAAUGGGCAUCAUUCUACUCCUGGCAAUAAACAGGGUAUAUGAGAAGGAAAUAGGGGCAAAAGUCUGGAUCACAACAGCUUUCCUAGAAAUCAGAACUGGCUUUAACAUACCUCCAAAUAUAUUCCAGUGCCUCCAUGGUUCUCUGUCCUUUGCAAUUCAGACCAGAAUAAGGAGCAGCAAAGGUGACAACUAUAAAUCGCCGUCCAAUCUUGUGGAUUUUUUGGAUGAAGCAUUUCAGUGUUCAUAUUCAAAGCAUUUGUUGUCCGUGAAAGGCAGGAUAAGAUGCAAAGAGGAGGAGAAACUGGAGUUGUUGCCCCAAGAGGAGCGUGAGAGAGUCCUGUCUUUUGACAGCUAUGGCACUUACAUCAAUGUUCAAGCUGUGGCUCAGGCCUUGCAUGCUUCGCUUUCAUCUAGAUCCCAGAGGAGGCUGAUGGGGGAGGAAGGAGAGCAAUGGGGACACGCAAGGCUACAGCCGUGGCAGGUAUUUCCUUCCCCUUUUUGCAACCUGCAGUCCACACAGAUGCUGAUCUUGACUGGGGAUAGACCUGCAAAAUAUCAUAGUUACUAUUAGUACUAGUAAUAGUAGCAUACCGCCCAACAUUUCUCUGUUGAAAAUAGAGACGGCGCAUUCCAUAAUGAUAAUCUUACUGCUUAUACCCAGGGCUUUCUUUUCAGAGGGGAACUCGCUGGAACUCAGUUUUGACACCUUUCAGGUGGGUGCCAUUGCCAUUCUCAGAGGGAGGUGUUCAUGGUGAGUUCCGGCACCAUCUUUUCUACAAUAAUAGCACUGUUUAUACAUCUUCUUCAGUUGCCUCAGCACUCUGGGCAGCUCCCAAAAUAAAGAAAUUCAUACUAAAAUAUUAAACAUUUAAAAAUUCCCUAUAUAGGAUUGGACAGCUUGUGGGUUGGAUAACUCCACAUCCGCCAACAUUUCUCCAAUGUACAUAGGGACAUUCUAAGGAAAAGUGGGAAAUUCCAGGAUCAAAUGGAAAACUGUCUCUAAUUCAGGGAUGUCCCUGGAAAAUUGGGGCACCUGCAGGCUCUGUAGUAAUAAAAAUGGCUGAAUAGGAAUUCCAGUCUACAUGAGAUACACGCAGCCCCAAAUCAUAAGAGGUUGAAGUGAGUAGGACUGAGAUAUCCAUCUUGGCUUCAAGCUUUCUCAGUGCUGGUGCUUUCCCCUGUCAUUCCAGCUUCACCCUUUCUUAAGAGAAAUCCGGUGUCUGAAUACUUCCAGAGGCAGGCUGUGCUUGGAUGAGAACUGGGAGCUACCAGGAGACUUCGAUAUUAUGAACUGGGUGAUGUCUCCCAAUAAGUCUCAUGUCGUUGUGAAAAUUGGGAAUAUAAGGAGAGAGACAUCUGCUGGCAUAAAGUUCACCAUUAACCCAGAAGCUAUUGAGUGGCCCAAGAAAUUCAACAAGGUAAGGGGAAUCACAGAGAGGGGAGGCUAGGAGAUCCCAGCUUUCCUUGAUCAACUGCUGCAAAAUGGCUAUAUCAGGUUGACCAAUGAUGUCUUGACCGUCCAAUAACAGCUGCAACCGCCACUCCUUCUUUCCACAGCAGCUGAGAUAGGAGGGCAAUUUGGGAUGCUUAGAGAAAAGAUAGAGCCCAGAGGUCCUUAGAAAAGACACCAUCUAUUUCCAAGCCAGACAGAGAAUUUAAAAAUUCUGGACAGAAUCUUCGACAGAAAGGACUACGUAGAUAAGAAGAAAAGGGAAAACACCUAGGGAAAAGGGGAAAUACCUAGUAAAAGUGAACUAUUGGGUUUUCAUACAUGCAGAAGGAUGGAAAGUAAUUUAUUUUAGAAAUGAUAAUUACUGAUUUAUUGUGAUUGAAACUAUUGUACGUGCAGGAACCUUUACCUUUAAUGGGACCACUGACCAUUAGGUCCAGUCGUGGCCGACUCUGGGGUUGCGGUGCUCAUCUUGCUUUAUUGGCCGAGGGAGCCGGCGUACAACUUCUGGGUCAUGUGGGCAGCAUGACUGGUGAACCAGAGCAGUGCACGGAAACGCCGUUUACCUUCCCGACGGAGCGGUACCUAUUUAUCUACUUGCACUUUUGACGUGCUUUUGAACUGCUAGGUUGGCAAGAGCAGGGACCGAGCAACGGGAGCUCACCCCAUUGUGGGGAUUCAAACCUCCGACCUUCUGAUCAGCAAGUCCUAGGCUCUGUGGUUUAAGCCACAGCGCCACCCGCGUCCCUAUGAGUGAAUUACAUACCCACAAAUACUCCUAACUGUUCCUCUUUCUUGCACCUUCUUGUCUUUCUGGUUAGGCCGUGCCUCGUUCCAGGUGUACAGAAAGAUGUCAGCCUGGAUAUGCCAAGGUGGUUCUAGAAGGACAGCCCGUUUGCUGCUAUGCUUGUGCUCGGUGUGUGGAAGGGACCUUCUCCGCCCAGGAAGGUGCGUGACUCCAAGGGGGAAGGAGAGUAAACACAGGGCAGAAAUCCAGUCUCACCCACUUUUUGUGAGAAUUCUGCAGACAUUGUGGAAUGUGGCUCCUUCCUCAACUUCUUUAGGAUAAAUCGCCUUCAUUACAUCCUGGAAGAGAGUUGA